AUGACAGAUAAUAAUGGUAACCAAAGCAAUAAUAUUAGCAAUGACAAAUAUAAUUAUCCUAUUACAUUUACACCGAUAAAUAAAAUAUCAAGUGAUAGUGUUCCAUUAGAGGCAUCACCACAACCAACUCUCCAAAAUCCACCGCAACCAAAUUUAGCCUCACCAAUGAAGCAACUUCCGCAACCUCAGUCUAGUUCAUCUUCAUUAUUAUCGCACUCUUCUGGCCAAUUACCAAAACCGCAACUAAAGCAAUUACAUCAGCCACCUCAACCUUCAUAUCAUCAAAAUCAACUAUCCCAAAAACCUUCAUAUCAUCAGCCACCUCAGCCUUCAUAUUAUCAACCACACCAUAUAUCACAGCUUCAACAAAUAUCGCCACAAGCUCCAAAUAAAAGUCCAUCGCUUCCAAUAGAAACACCAAGUGGUUUUUUAGCAAAAUCAAAUGGCGGGGUUCAAUCUGGACAAAAUCAACAUUCGACAGAAACUAUUUCAGAUUCAAAGAAAGAGAUUAUAGAGAUUGAUGAUAGCCCACCAGCCACUCCACAACUAAAUCAAUUAAAACAACCACCACAACCACCAAAUACUUUAAAAAAACCACCACAACCAAAUUUACCACCAACAAUUGUUUUAAAGAAGCCUCCACAACCAAAAGAUCAAUUACCUAGUCAAGAUCAUGUGCAACAAAAUUUUAAUCAAAACCAGAUACAACCAAACACCAAUAACCAAACACAGGCUAUAGAGACACCACAAGGCCAACUUUCCCAAACUUUUCAGCCAGCGAAAAUAUCAAAACCCAAUGAUCCCAGUUUUCAUCAAUCCCAAGAGUUUUUAAAAAUACAGCAAUACAAUUUAAAUAGUAAAAGAUUGGAACCAAACGAACUUCAAAAAUUAAGUUCAUUAGAACAGACUUUGAGUAGCACUCAUACAUCAUUUAAUCAAGAAUUCCAAAAUAUUUUAAUUUCAACCUGUUUUGACUAUAUCUACAAUUUCGAUAAAUCGGGCGAGGAAAUUGCUAUUGCCGUCGAAAAUGCUAAAAGAGACCCUUUUCUUUUUUAUGCCAUUGGUUGCCAACCAUUUGCAACCCAAGAAACCCUACAUGAAGCUACUUUAAAAUAUAGAGCUGAAUUAGAAAAAGUUAAAAGGACCGAUUUAAUGCUAGUUGUAGAUAAAGCAUAUAACCAAGUUAAUUCAGAGGAAAAAAGAAGACAAGUAAAUGAAAAGAUUAAUAAUAGAGUUAUUUGCCCAACGUGUAAAUCUGAAUGUUUUAUAGCUCAGGCAGUUGAUAGGUUUUUACAACAUAACUAUGCUGCAUGUUAUCAGUGUAGAGAAACAUGUUUUUAUUGCACAGCUGGGUAUACAUUGCCAGGUAUCGAAUUUGCUAAAGAUAGAUUUAUUCAAGGAGCUUGUGUUUGUGUGCUAUGCAAAGAAACCAUUUAUUUGGAAUCUAUAUAUCCAAAUCCAAUUGAUUUUCCAAUAAAUCUCCGUGAGUAUUAUAAACUCAAGAGAGCCAGAGAUGAAGAACUAUAUAGGAGCGUAUUAUAUCUUGGUUACUAUUCAUCCAAUUUUAUAUUUGAUUAUAACCGUGCAUUAGAGAUGUUCAGUAAAGAUUCAUUCGAGUAUAGGCAUUUUGUUUGUGGUCCAAAUGAACCUGCUCCAGAAAAUUAUAAGUACAAUUUAAAAAAUGUGAAGGAUAUCGAAAAGAUUAUGAGCGAUAUUUUAAGAUUGGGCACUUCAAAUGUAAAUAAGUUCCAAAAGAGACCAUAUGACCACGUUCAACGACCACUUCCAGGAAAUCGCCCAUUAAUAACUGCAGCUAUAGCACUGCUUUUCAAAGAACUAUCUCACAUUGACGAUGCAUUACCAGCCCUCUUCUCUCAAAUAUCUAUAUUGGUUGAACUCUAUUACAAGAUUAAAAGAGACAUUGAAAACAACGAAGUUUCAGUCGAUUAUGCAGUUAGAAGACAAAGGGACCUGCUAGUUUAUUUAAAAAAUUUCAAAAUUUUUAUAGAUGGUUAUCAUCGUAGUUUCAAUGAAAAAAAGUUUAUUCCAAAUUCACAUUAUGUUCCAUCUACAUAUGGUCCAAAUUUUGUCAGUCAAGAAAUCAGUUGUUAUAUCUUAAAGUUGAAAAAUGAACACAUUUAUCUCUCUAAUAGAUUUAAAUACGUCAUGGAUAAAUUAAAAGAAUUUCUAAACUAUCUCAAUCAAAAACCAUUUGGAGAUUUAACCCAAAAAGAAGAAGCGAUGAAUGAUAAAAUUAAAAAUAAUGCUUUAAAGUUAGAAUUAUUCCAAGAAAACUUUGUGCCUUUUUCAUUAAAAACCUCUAAUUCAAAUUUAAUUCCCAUUUCUUCUUCGCAAACAAUAUCAUUUUCAAAUCAAAAUAAACCUUCAGCAUCUCAAAAUAGAAACCAAGUUAGUGUAUCGCAUACUCAGCAACACAUACAAAAACCUCAACAUCCACAUCAACACCCACAUCAUCAUCAGCAUCAACAUAACCAACAACAUCAGCAAAGAGUAAUAGUCAUGGACACAAAAGAAGAGAUUGAAAGAAGAGUAAGGUUAAAGGUCCAUGAGGCAUGGAACGAGUUUAAUGAAAUUGCAAAAAGAAGAAAUAAAACAAAUUAUAAUGGUCCCAUUCUUUUAUUGACAAAUUAUAGUGAAAGUGAAAAACAAAAGAAAAAACUUAAAAAAGAAAAAGAAGAAAAGAGACGAAAAGAAAAGGAAAGGAGAAGACAAAAGGAAAUAGAAAAAGAAAAAAGAAAAAAAAGAAAAGAAAGGGAUAGAAGAGAUAAAAAAGAUAAACACAAAAAAAAGAAACUUAAAUUAUCACAAAAUGAAGAUGUGAUGGAUGAAGAGCCUAAAGACAAAGAUAGAGUUGAAGAAACACAAAAUAUUAGUAAAGAAGAAAGGGUAAAAGAAAAAGAAAAAGAAAAUGAAAGAGAUAAAAACAAAAGAAAUGAUAAUCACGAUUUUGACCUUUCAAGCACACCCCCUCCAAUAGAUAAAGACCUUGAACCAAUUAAUAUAACAAAAUCAUCAAAUAAAAAACAAACACCAAAUAAAACCCCAGCACCCGCUCCUUCGAGAAACAAAUCAAGUGGAGUGUCAAUUGAUAAAUCACCAACUGUCUCAGCCAAAGUGGUUGAUAAGAAAUCUAAGGAAAUUGAAGAGAAUUUUAAUAUGAAUCUCUUUACAUUUAACGAAAAAAACGAAUCCAUGGACGAUAACAAAGAUAUAUACACCGUAGAAAAAAUUCUCUCAAUGCGUAUACGUGGGGGAAUAAAAGAAUAUUUAAUUAAAUGGGAGGGUUAUGAUGUUGAUGAGGCAACAUGGGAAGCCAAAAGUGAUUGUUAUUGUACAGAAAUGAUUAACGAAUAUGAAAAAAGGCAAGGAUCAAAAAAUAAAAAGAAAUAG